AUGCUGUUGUUUUACGAAGACGAACCUGGGUCAACCGAAAUUACACAACAAUCCUUCGAAUUGCACAACUUCAGUCCAACACCAAACAUCGAUCCGCUACUGCAGUACGGUUCCUAUGCUUUCAUACCAUACCCAUCUGCGACCGCACAGGACGAUGCGCCUUCCGAAGACCUUACGACCUCAGCAGCCAACCACGCAUCAACAUCACAUCUAGCAGUUAGCAGCCCUUCUUCAUGGACAUACUGUGGCCCCCUUCUCCAGCCAGACAAAGCAAGCCUACCGCCGUCUUUCCAUACUUGGGCCAAUCUUACACUCUCUUCCCCUUCCACGCUGCUCACCUCGCUUCUUCCUCUACUUUCCUGGCUACAAUCCUUCCUGCUAGAGGCAAAGGUCCACAACUACUGGCUCACAAUACGCUGUACUGAGCCAAACCACAAGUACGACACCCCUCGUUGGCACACAGACGAGAACUUCUUCGCCUAUGAUGCCGAUGCACCUGAUUUGGGAUUCGCAGCCACUAGCAAAGAGAGGUGCUGGAAACUGUGUACCACGCUUCUUGGUCCAGGGACCUUAUUCUUGAAGGACAACGAGACGGCAUUGGGGGUCAUACGAGAGACUAAGAAGAAUGAAAAAGACAAGAUGGGCAGUCAUACCUGCACUUCAAUACGUUGUCUAGGAUGUUCCACGUAUGCAGAGACUGUACGCGAGUCGCUCGCAUGCUCUCUACAAAAUAUGGAGAUUGAGUCUCCGGCCGCAGGUGAAGUAGCAUAUUUUAGGAUAGGCGGCGAAGAAGGCGCGGUGCAUUCGGAACCACGAUGUGAUACUGAUCGCAUUUUCAUCAACGUGAUUCCAGGCACGGAACAAGGUUUGCGGAGUUUGAUGGAAAGAUGGGGUAUGGAAUUUCCGCGUGCGUGGUGUUUCGGGAUGCCUGUCGGGUUUGUGAAGAGUGAUGAGGCAGGCACCUUCCUUGGGGCAUGA